CGAUCACGAGAAGUUCGCCUCACCCGUUCGGCGUUUCCGUGCUUGUGUGGGAUUCCGAAGUUUAUUUUGGACAGUUCGUAAACAUUCGAAAAAAGCCCGUGCAGCUUUCGCCGCUUGCGUCCGCUAACAUGAAAUAUGCACAGAGCCGGACAGCCUCAAGUUUAGUCACCGUGCAUUAAUGGAUGUAUCAGAUGCGGAUUUUGACUCGUACUGGGAGAAUGAGUCUCGCAACAACAACCGCAACCGCAUCCGAGUAGGCCGACAGUACCAGGCCACUGUGCCUCCGCUGCUGAGGCCAGGGGAGAGUGAUGGGCGUCGUCUGGAAGACUUGGAGACGCUCCGGUGGCGGCCUGAGAGCCUGUCGGAGCAGAGCAUUGAAGAGUACCUGUCGAUGGCCAAGGCAGUAAGCCUGUUUGCCCGCGCCAUGAACAAGUGGGGUCCCGAGGGCGGUGGAGGGCCAGAGUGCCUGCAAACGGCACUGCGGGGACUCUCUGACUUUGUGGCCUCACACCAUGGCUGCCAGCAGGAUGCAGGCUGCCGUGUGGCCCAGCCCCCACCACCAACAUGGACAUCUGCUGAAGCGGGCCUGUUCGCGCGUGCCCUCGACGAAUGUGGCAAGAACUUCGGUGCCAUCAAGAAGGACUUUCUGCCCUGGAAACCGGUGAAGAGCCUGAUUGAGUUCUACUACCAGGGGCGCCACCCCAAGCAGGAGCCACAGGAGGAUGGAGAGGAAGAAGAUGGCGCUGCUGGCUGCAGCGGAGGCCAUUGUUCCACUGCCAACUGUGUUAAGUUUGGGGACAGGUCCAGUGCGGGCAGCUUCUACAGAAGCCAACUCGCUGAGGGCGGGAGGUCUGUCUGCACUGUGCAGAAGGAGCCUGAGGUGAAGCCUGAGCCGCCAGACGAGCCCGAGGACGAGGAGGAGCUCCCAGCAGCUGAGGAGGCCCCCUCGGCCUCACCUGUGGGCGAAGGUGGCAGUGAAGAAGUCCGCGCGCCCCCAUCAGGUCCCGAGGUGAAGCCCAUGCGCGCCAAGCCGCUGAAAGCACCUGAAGACGCUGCCUCGGUAGCACCCGUUGGUUCACUCAAGUUUUUCCUUGGGGGUCGGCUGGUGCUGAAGCUGAGCGCCCAGGAAGGGGGGUCGUGGGUUGAAGCCCAAGACACCCCCCGGCUGGGGCGCCCACGCCAGCCCCCGUCGGAGGACGCGAGUGAUGACGAUGAUGGGGCGCCAGGAACGUCCUUUGGCGCAGGAGGCAGUGCCACACCACCACUCAGGGGCAGUUCCCGGUGCACGUCAUGGCCAGAGACAGCGCCCUUGACGCCUUCAGGAAGCCUGGCAACGGCUCGGAUGGCAACGCCUGAUGACAGCACCUCGGGGGGCUGCAACAACACGAACAACAGUACGGAAGAUGAGGAUGGAGGUGACGAUGACAGCAACCAGCAGCGGCCCCCGUCAGCCACCAGGACUGCGCCCUCGCCCAAGUGCCCACCUCAGGCGCCCCCUCUCGGCCCUCCUCCACCCCUGAAUUUGACUCUACGUCCCCCGGCACCAGCUAGGAGCCAGAGCGCCUCCAACUCGCCACCACCACUCUUGAUGCCGCAGGGUUCACCACACGCUGAUGGCUGCGUGGAACGCUGUCGCCCCAACUGGCGUGGUGGCCGGCCUACUGGAGUGCCUUUCCUGGCUCCCCUGUUUACCACCAGCACCACUUCGCCUCUGGUGACACCGGCUGCCACUGGCACCACAGUCGAUGGCCCGCUGGACCUGUCUUCCCCGGUGGACACCAAGAAGCUGGUGCCAAAGUGACCUGGCCUAUGUGCAACAAGCAGUGUGCACAUGGUGGCAACAUGUGCAAUGACUCUUCGCGAAACCGUGUACAUACCGCCUUUUUUUCCUAUUUAUUGGCCGACCAGUUGGCAGGCCGGGCAACAAGCAACAACUGUGCUUCUCGUGCUGCCAGAAUCUUGCGCGGCUUCAGACGUGCAGCACAGUGGAGGCAGCAGGGGAGUCCCUCCCUCUUUCCUUUGCCCCCCCCCCCCCCCAUUUUUUAUGUGUGUGUGUGCGCGCGUGUGUGUGUGUGUGCGUGCGUGCGUGUGCCCAAGGUUCCUAGCAGGUUUUUGUAAGUAGGCAUUCAGACCACAAGCAGGUCUAGGUACAAGCAACCAGUGAAAAGAAAAAUAAUAAUAAAGUUCCUGCUGUCUGAAUGGA